UGAUUUAGUCCAAAACAAAUAAUUAUUGAGUAUUUGACAAAGUAAACUGAAAAACUAUUGCAAAUUGUAAACCAAUAUAAUAACCAAAAUGUCGAAAAUCUCGCCACACGAGGAGAAAAUGUUGAACCUCCAAUACCAGAUGAAACAAAACAACCAAGAGUUACAGAGUUUUCUGAAGGACUUGGAAAGCUGGGAAUCAGAAAUAAAAGACAAGGAGAAGUCGCUCAAGGAGAAAGGAAAAUCGCAAGAUGAGAUACUGCCUCCAGUAAGAAACAGCUUAGAGAAGAAGAAACUAAAGAAGAAAGUAAAGAAGAAAAAGGGUGAAGCCAAACCAAAGCGUAUCAGCGCCUAUGACUACAGGUCCUGGGAUAAGUUUGAUGUGGACAAAGCAUGUGAAAAUCUUGACGAAAAUGAACCAUCAUCCUCAGAGGAGGAGUAUGAGACGGACGAGGAGUGGGAGACUGAGAGGAAGAAACAGGCUGCUGUCCUGGAGAAAGAUAAAGGCAAUGAGUACUUCAAGAAGGGAGACUACUCUAUGGCGAUAGAGUGCUACACCAGAGGGGCUGACCUUGACCCUACCAACCCCUUGCUGCCUGCAAACAGGGCCAUGGCCUUGCUCAAACAGGACAAGUUUGCAGCCGCUGAGCUGGACUGCUCUAUAGCGCUGACUCUUGACCCUCUGUACACGAAGGCCUACCUACGUCGUGGGACAGCCAGGCUGGGCUUAAACAAAUAUGAGGAGGCUAGAAGGGACUAUGAGAGAGUACUGCAGCUCGAACCUCAGAACAAACAGGCCAAAUCUGACAUCGAGUUGAUUGAAAAGGAGUUGGCCAAGCAGCAGAUGGUAUCUCAGUCGACAGCAGACGACAGUCAGGCCAGGCCAUCUGGUAUUGUGAAAGCCAUCACCAAACCACCAGGCCAGCGCUCUCAGAAACCACUCCGAAGGAUUGAGAUAGAGGAAGUUGGCUUUGAGGAUGCUCAUGAAGGAAAGGCAGCCAGCGCAAAGACACUAGAGGGAAAGAGUCAGAAAACGAGAGACUUGGUGGAAAAGGAGACAAUGGACUUUCAAAAGUUUGCUGUUAACUCACCUGCAGAUAUUGCAAAUAUGGCGUCGUACAGGUCAGACUCUAAAGGUGCUAGUGUUCAAGUGAAGACUGAAACUCAGUCUGUUGUUGAAAACAAAUGGGAUGUAUCUGAAAGUCCAGAGACAGUUUCCAGUUGCACAAGUAACAUAAAUAAUUUAGCAGCUAAUACAAACAUACAUGCUGCAGAGAAAACCGAUGGAUUAGUUAAAGACAACAGAUCACUGAACGAUGUGAGCUCAACACCAGAUGUUUCAUGUGUGUCUAAGCAAUCUUCAUCCAAGUCAAGUUCGGUUCCUAAAAGCCAGAUUGCAACUUCUGUGCCUACAACCUCGGUGCAGUUCCAGGCAGAUUAUAGACAUCUGAAACGUGACAAAGAGCAGUUCUACCAGUAUUUUAAGAGAAUACCUCCAGCUGACUAUAGGACUCUGUUUGGUCAGUUCCUGGAUGCAGAUGUACUGGUCACCAUUCUGAAUGUACUGCAAGGGUGCUAUAUCAGGGAUCGUGUGGACUGCUACCUGUGCCUGAAACACCUCGCUGAUGUCAACAGAUUCUCCAUGAUUGUCAUGUUUAUGUCAGGCAAAGACAAACAAGUUUUGAAGACCAUCUUUAUCCAUCUGCGGGAAAUCGGUGAACACAGUGCGACAGAUAUAGACACGCUAGCGGUGAAAUAUGAAGUCAGAUGAUGCCUUGCAGAUGUGGAAUUACAUGGUGUAUAUGAGCUGGGUUGUGAAUGGUCUGAAUGCAUGUGCGUAAAGUGUUGUCCCAGAUUAGCCUUCAACAUGUGCUCAAGCAUAUCAGGGAGGACACUUGCCGAUUGUAUUUGAUAU